AUAAAACUAGAAGUAGAAAACAUGCCACAUCAUCAUCAUCAUCAUCAUCCAAAAUUUCUCCAACAUUUGGCGCUUGGCUUUUCCUCUACCUGUAUUUGCACUACAGCCUCUUGUUCUCCUCCAACUUAUAAUCUUAUAAUCAGAAUUUUCCGGCAAAAGUAUUUACAAAUAGUAGCAGGUAUGGGAGCUGGUGGAACCCUUUUUUGUUCUCAAAGUUUUACCAUCUUUAACUACACUCAAAUUCAUGUCCAAAAUAGACCUUCAUUACCUUUAACAUGGCCAUCACUUGUACAAAAAUCUACCACUUUGAGUAAUCAAGAUUCAGUUUUAUCGAAAACCAGGUAUCGUCUUAGAGUUAAAGUUGUUGCUAAAGCUGCUGAUUCUUCCUCUCAGCCAUCAUCCCCUGCUUUAACUUCAGACAAGUCUAUUGUUCCUGAUGAAGAGUUUUCACUUGCUAAGGUUUCUUUUGGUGUCAUUGGACUUGGUCUUGGUGUUUCACUUCUCUCGUAUGGUUUUGGGGCAUAUUUUAACAUCCUUCCAGGUUCCGAGUGGUCUGCAUUGAUGUUGACAUAUGGUUUCCCACUUACAAUAAUUGGCAUGGCUCUUAAGUAUGCGGAGCUCAAACCUGUGCCAUGUAUGACGUAUGCUGAUGCUCAGCUAUUAAGGGAAAAAUGUGCUACUCCAGUCCUUAAGCAGGUCAGAAGCGAUGUGAUAAGAUACCGUUAUGGGGAUGAGCAGCAUUUGGAUGAGGCAUUGAAGCGUAUUUUCCAAUUUGGACUGGGCGGAGGAAUACCACGUAGAGCUGCUCCCAUCUUACAAAACAUCAGAGAAGAGGUGACUGAGGAUGGUAAAUAUUGUCUAGUGCUGGUCUUUCUGGCAAAAGCUUUGCAGUUGUCAGAUUUCGAAAAAAGACAGGCGAAAUUUACGUCUUUCUUUGGACCAGGAAUAUCUUCUGAAAUUGUAAAGGGAGAGAAUGAUUUGUAUGAAGUACGGCUAAUUUCCAACACAACAUUGUAGAUUGUGAAAAACCUUGUAACUCUGGGUAUAUAGAGAAUGUCCACUGUGCCAAAUCAAUAUAUUGAUACUUCUCAGUUUGUGCUGUACAUUGUUGAACUCAUAGGAAAAUAUAGAAUGAUGGAAAUGAUAAUCCCACAUGGUAGUAAAAUUGUAUGAGACCUGCUUUUAUUUACCUCUGUACAAUAGUAAUUUUUGAUGAGGUUGAUGUGAUUAAUAUUUAAAAUUUGCUUGUA